AUUCAGCGAACUCCGGAAUCUAACCAUGACUUCGCUCAAACGCCCCAGGAACGAGUCAGAAAGUGAGACUAAUCUUCAAAGAAAAAUGAUGGAAGGGUAUAGUAAAGUUGUUUGCAAUGAAAAGAUUGCAAAAGCAACACCAAGAGCGGAUGAUACAAUGAAGGCGGGGGAGAAAGCAAAGCCAAUACGCAUAUUGGAUGAUGCAGUGAUGCCUAAUUUGGAAGCAAAAGUAUCAUCGGAUGAUGCAGCGAAGCCUGGAGGAAAAGAAAAGCCGAUACGCAUAUUGGAUGAUAUAAGGCCUGAGGUGGAAGCGAAACCAGUAGGGGAUGAUAAGACCAAGGCCGAGGUAUUUGCAGCGAAAAUACGCCAUUUUUGGAAGGAAACAGUGGAAGGAUUAAGAGAAGAACUGAAACUCGAGUUACUUGAAAAUGUUUCUUCCAAAGAGAAACCAAAAGGAUGCAUUGACGAAGGAUUUGCUUUACGGGUGAGUAAGUUACUGUAUGAUUCAUUUGUGAGUAAUUAUCAGGAUUUUGCACGCGUGGAGGCGUUAACUGUAAGAAUGGUAAACAAGCAGCUCGAGUUUAAUAAGAUUGAACGGGAUAUAGAGGUUCUUAAGAAAUCAAGAACGUCAUUCUUGGAUUUUACGAGACAGGAGAGACUAGCAUAUGAUGAGCUGAAGAAACAGAUGGAAGUACUCAACAAAGAGAAGAUUGAACGAGGAAACGAAAAUGCACAACUUGCCAAAGAGAAGUCUGUACUCAUCACGGAAAAUACUAUACUUGAAUGCCAUAUUGAAUCUGUUAAGAAAAUCAAGUCAGGGUGCGAAACUGAUAUUGCAUCACUCAAGGAAGAGAAAAGUGGACUAAGAAGUUACAAUGAGAUACUCGAAAAACUAAAGUUGUGUCUUGGAAGUGAUAUUGAAGAUCUUAAUAAAGAGAAGUCUAUGGUAGGAAAUGAUUUAUGUUUGCUUAAGAAUGAGAAGAGUAGACUGGAAGGUGAUAUUGAAGCACUCAACAAUGAGAAGAUUGAAAUGGGAAUUGAUCCUGAAUUACUCAAACAGGAGAAACAUAAACUGAAAAGUGAAAUUGAAACUCUUAAUAACGAAAAGUCCGCUGCACAAAGUGAUGUUUGUUUGCUCAACAAUGAGAAUGCCAAGUUGAAAACUGACGCCGUGUUACUCAAUAAGGAGAAGGGGAAACUGCGAAGCGAUCUUGAAUUUCUCAGCGGAGAGAAAACUAAGCUAGGAGAUCACAUUGAGUUACUCAAGGCACAGAAGGACGGAUUGCAAACUGAAUUUGGGUUUCUUAGAGACGUGAAAAAUAAGCUGCAUGGUGAUAUUACAGUUAUGAACAAUCAGAGGACUGUUCUUGGAAAUGAAAUUGAGAUUCUUAACAACGAAAAGUCUGUUGCGCAAACUGAUAUUUGUAAGCUAAACAAUGAGAAGGCUAAACUGGGAACUGAUUCUGCCUUACUCAAAAAGGAGAAGACGGAAUUGAGAAGUGAUCUUGGAUUUCUCAAUGAAGAGAUAACUAAACUAGGAGAUUAUAUCGAGUUACUCAAGGAAGAGAAGCACGGGUUGGAAACUGAAUUUGGAUUUCUUAGAGACAUGAAGAAUAAGCUGCAUUCUGAUAUUACACAUAUGAACAAUGAGAGGACUGUUCUUGGAAAUGAUGUUGAGCUACUCAAAAAACGAAAGACUAGAACGGGGUAUGAUCUCAAAUUUUUGAGCAAAAAGAAGGCUAAACUGGACAGUGAUUUUGAACUCUUCAGCGGAGAGAAGGUUAAAUUGCAAAAUAAUGUUGAAUUUCUCAAUAAACAGAAAGAUAAACUGCAAUCUAACAUUAAAAUUCUCAGUGAAGAGAAGAAGGAAGAUCUUGAAUACUGUCGAGCUAUGACACAGGCACUGAUUGACAAGGAACGCCAAAGCAAUGAUCAGCUGCAGGAAGCUCGAAAAGAACUAAUCAAUGAGUUGAUCCAAGAAACAGGUAACCGUGCUAUCAUCCGCGUUAAGAGAAUGGGGGAACUUGAUCCUAAGCCUUUCCAGAAGGUAUGCCAGAAGUAUGGUGGAGAAGAAGCAGCUCUGAAAGCUAGUGAGCUUUGCAGCUUAUGGGAAGGCCACCUUAGAGACUCAGAUUGGUUUCCUUUUGUAAAUGUUGAGGUUGGGAAUGAUAGAUAUAAGGCGAUAAUUAACGAGAAGGAUGAAAAGCUGAAUGAUCUGAGGAUCACCAUGGGCGAUGAGGUAUUCAAGGCUGUGACAACAGCGUUAACAGAGAUGAAUGAGUAUAAUUCCAGUGGGAGAUAUGCAGUCCCAGAACUUUGGAACUUUAAAGAGGGACGAAGGGCAACAUUGAAGGAAGGAAUUCAAAGAUUAUGCAAACAUAAGCGAAAGAAGUGAGCUAAAAAAAUGAAAAGACGAUUGCAUUAUACAAAGUUUAGUACUUUGUUUCCUAGAGAUGCUACACUGAUAGUUUAAAUCAAUCUCGUGUUUUUUAUGCGUUUGAAUAUGUAUAUAUACUGUGAUUGCACAUUUCAGUUAUAGUGUGACCAUACUUCUGUCGAACGCAAACAUUGUGCUGGAAAAAAGUUAAAGAGCCAUAUUGAAUUUAUGGUUAUUGGUUUACUAUUUAACCGGAUGAAGGUGAGGUAGAGCAGGAACAUUAGGAUCUUCGAGAAUCUCCAUUGUCUUCGAGAACUGAGUACUUUUUAUGAUUUCUCCACAACCGGAAAAA